AAAAAAAUAAAAGUUUAAGAAAUAUUUUAGAGGAAGAAGUGGCUUAUUUCUUAAUUACAAGAAGGAAAUAUGUAUACAGGAAAAGCAGCGAUUCGAACGGUAAAGAACUUAAAAUAUUCAGAUGUACAAAAUAAAGUAAGGUCAGCGACAUCAAAUGAUCCAUGGGGUCCUAGUGGAGUAGAGAUGAAUGAAAUUGCGCGUAUGACAUUUGAUCCGCAUAAUUUUAUAGAAGUAAUGGAUAUGUUGGAUCGUCGAAUGAAUGAUAAGGGAAAGAAUUGGAGACACGUAUUUAAAGCAUUGACAGUUCUUGAUUAUUGUUUGCAUAGUGGAUCAGAAAAUACAGUAAAAUGGGCUAAAGAUAAUAUAUAUAUUAUAAAAACUCUACGCGAAUUUAAUUAUGUUAGUGAAGACGGUAAAGAUCAGGGAUCAAAUGUAAGAAUAAAGGCAAGAGAUAUUACGGAACUAUUACAGGACGAUGAUCGUCUUCGUUCUGAACGAAAAAAUAGAACGCAUAUGCAUAAUCGCUUGGGUCUUCAACACAAUGAUAAUAUGUCGGGUAGCUCUUCAUAUAAAAAAUCGUCAUAUAAAAAGCAUUCACAAACGUUUGACGCGUCUGAUGACGAUAAAGAACUUCAACGUGCUAUAGAAGAAAGCAAACUUCAAUCGGAAGAUGAUAAACUCAGGUCCCUUUUAAAAACUAAACAGGAAGAAGAGGAAUUAGCUCUUGCUCUUCAACUUAGUAAAGAAGAAGAAGAACUGCGAAAUAUGGCAUUACUUCAAAAGGAAAGAGGUGCACUUUUACUUGAACAAUCUUUUCAGCAGCCACAGCAACCAUCGAAAUUAAUGGAUUUUUUCAUAAAAGAUACUUCUAUUCAACAGCCACAAAACAUUGAUUAUAUUCAAAAUAUGCAUUUACAGUCAACGAAUGCUUUUGAAAACCAACAAAAUCUUAAUACACAAAAUAUUGGAUAUUAUCAACCUCAAGAAAAUUAUCAAUUAAAUCAUUCUCAAAUAAAUUAUCCAUUGUUUCAACAGAAUGAACAUGCAAAUAAUCCAUAUUCUUCAUAUAUUGAUGCCCAAACAUUUCAAGGGGAUUCUCCAUUCGAUCAUUCUUAUCUUAAUCGCCCUCAGGAUCAAUUUAAAUCCCUUAGAGUAGGAUCAAAUAAUCCUUUUAUUCAAAUGGCAAACCUUAGCGAUUAUAAACCUAAUUAUAAUACUAUCAGUUCUCCUUUAGAAAUUUAUUCAGAUCAAAAAAGUGAAUCAAAUAAUACUAUCCCAACUGCACAAAGUAUUUUUUUUCCUCAACAUAAAUACGAUGCUAGCUAUCAGGCUAAAUUAUCUUCUAUAUUACAAGCAAAAAAUCCGGAGAUUGAUACUUUUGGUAAUACUGGCGAUCUCCGUAUUCCUAGUCAACAUAUAGCUUGCGAAUUUGUUAAUUCUUAUGGCAUGCGAACAAAAACAGAACCAACCAUAUCUGGUACUCUUAAUAAUCAAAAAUCUAAUCAAACUUUAUUUAAUCGACGACCGAUUUUAUCUGCACCAACUGGCGUCGGUUUUAAAAAUAUUUCAACACAAGAAAAUUGUAUAGACCUUUCAUCUACUUUUUCUCAAUCAACUAUCCAAGAAAAUAAUCCUUAUUUAUCAUCUUCAAAUCAUUCAUCUCAUUAUCAAAAUAAUCCACCAUCUGGAAGCUUAAUUGAUUUAUAA